CACAUUUAACUUUAAAGUGCCUACUUUUACCCACAAGCUUCAAAAUCAUUCUUUUAUUUCUUAAACUUGGUAUCCAGUCAAACACUUUGACAUAAAUUGGGACUGAAUGGAGGGCGUACUCAAUAAUAUAUCUCUAAGAAUCUAUGGGUUGGUGGAUGGAUGGAAAUCAAUCUUUAUUGGAUGAUUGAGUUUUCUCUUUAUGUUUUGGUGCUCUUCACCAAUUUAAAUUUCAUGUUCAUAUUUGUCCCUUUUAUCUUGAAAAUGUUACUACCCUCACUAAAUGGAUUUGUAAUUUUAUACUACUUGAUAAAUUUAGGGUGCAAUGUGUUUUAUUUUUUUGUUGGUAAUGAACCUCCAACUUAUUGUUCAGGUUCAAAUUGACAUUGAAGAUUUCCUCGGAUCAAGAAGUCGUGAGUGUGGUGGAGGAAGAGACUGAAUUGGAGCAGCUGGCGUUGUUCCUCGUUACUUGUUUGUUCUGGAAAUUAGAAUGAGGAUAGUUGGACUGACCGGAGGAAUUGCUUCGGGGAAGAGCACCGUCUCCAACCUUUUCAAGGAUCAUGGUAUUCCCGUUGUCGAUGCUGACAUUGUAGCUCGGGAUGUUUUGAAGAAAGGAACUGGUGGUUGGAAAAAGGUUGUGGCUGCAUUUGGUGAGGACAUCUUACUGGAAAAUGGAGAAGUUGAUCGCGCAAAGCUAGGUCAAAUUGUAUUCUCUGAUCCGGGAAAACGUCAGCUUCUUAAUAGGUUGCUAGCACCAUUUAUCUCACGUGGGAUUUUAAUGGAAGUUUUGAAGCUGUGGAUGAAGGGUUGCUCCAUAAUUGUUCUUGAUGUUCCUCUUUUGUUUGAGGCCAAGAUGGAUAAGUUUACUAAACCCAUUGUUGUUGUUUGGGUUGAUCCUGAGACACAGCUGCAGCGGCUCAUGACGAGAGAUGGAUCAAUGGAGGAGGAUGCCAAAAGCAGGAUAAAUGCACAGAUGUCUCUGGAUCUUAAGAGGUCAAAGGCAGAUAUUGUGAUUGAUAACACUAGCUCACUUGAGGCGUUAAAUGAACAAUUCCAGAAAGUGUUAACUCAGAUUACAAGGCCUUUGACCUGGACCGAGUUUAUGCUCUCAAGAAAAGGAGCUUUUCUGGUAUUGUUAUCAGUUGUUCUAUUUGCAAAAAAAGUUUAUGAAGGUAAAAUAAUUUGAUCUGAGACUAGGUAUGCAUUUCUGUAUGGAAGAAGAGUUACUCCUUAAUCGAGCUCUACUGUGUAUGUGCUAUUUGUUUUUUAAGAAAAAGAAGCUGUGUAUGUACUUCCAGCAUGAGCUUUUGUGCUUUAUUAGAUACUUGAGAUGUUGAAGUUGAAGUAUGAUAAUUGAUUGUACAUUUUACUGAUU